AUGGACGCCUAUCAUCACCACCAGGAUACCAGGCCGUCUCUCCUGCGUACGUUCGUUACUUCAGUGGGGUGCCCACCAACAGCAUGCGGGCCGACAAUUAUCAAGCCCGAACCCCGGGAGUCGAGCGGUGUGGCGUCCGGUAAUUGCAACCGUUCGGAAGAAGGAGUGGAGAGGGAACUCACGACGGUCGGCAGUACAGCCACGGGCAGCUCGUCCACGGUGAAAGGGGAAACAUCUGAUGAUAAACCGGACCCGGCGGACAAGCCUCCAUACUCUUAUGUAGCCCUGAUCGCCAUGGCCAUUAAAGAAGCACAGGACAGGCGACGUACACUCAGUCAGAUAUACCAGUACAUCAUCAACAAGUUCCCGUACUAUGAGAAAAACAAGAAAGGCUGGCAGAACUCCAUCAGGCAUAACUUGAGCCUGAACGAGUGUUUUGUGAAGAUACCGCGAGAAGGAGGUGGUGAGAGGAAGGGGAACUUCUGGACUCUUGACCCGGCUUAUGAUGAUAUGUUUGAGAAGGGAAACUACCGGAGGAGACGAAGAAUGCGACGGCCUCAUCGGACUUUGGAUCUCUCCAUGUUAGAGAAGCCCUACCUUGGCUCCGACCCUCAGUACCCCUACCACCUCACCACUAAGUAUCUACACCCUUCCUAUACCAACUGGGGUGUUUCCCAUCACCAGGUACCGGUCAAUCAGUCCCCACCUCACUACACGUAUACCUCAUGCCAGGUUGCCGCUGCAGCAGCAGCGGCCGCCGCGGCUAACAACCCCCGUGGAAUGCCCCUCAAUCACGGCGUCUCGUCCCCUCAGCUCCCGGUGACAGUUCCAACCGUCCAGCAGGCGCACCACUACGGCCAAAUGCAAAUCCACCACCAGCCUGUGGCGUUUCCGAGCCCCGUUGGAUCGCCGUAUUCCUCCGGUGCUCAGAUGACUCCAGUGCCGGCGAUGGGACCGGGCAGUCCCGGACCGACGGGAGGCUUUGAAGACGGCAGUUUAUCUGUGAGUUUUUCUACGCCCUUUGCUAGCUAUCAUGCCCCGUGUAGAAGACAACCAGAUGGAUUACCAUAUUAUUGA